GGCGGGCGGCGCACCAUGGCCGAGGAGGCGGAGUUCUGCUUCUCCGCGCUCUAUAUAAGCGGGCAGUGGCCGCGGCUGCGCCGUGAGGCUGACCUUCAGUGUGUCGGCUUCAGCGACGACAUGGCGCCCUCCAGGAAGUUCUUCGUCGGGGGAAACUGGAAGAUGAAUGGGCGGAAGGCGAACCUGGGGGAGCUCAUCACCUGCCUGAACUCCGCCAAGGUGCCGGCCGACACGGAGGUGGUCUGUGCACCCCCCACCGCCUACAUUGACUUCGCCAGGCAGAAGCUAGAUCCCAAGAUUGCCGUGGCUGCCCAGAACUGCUACAAAGUGAUGAAUGGGGCUUUCACUGGGGAGAUCAGCCCCGGCAUGAUCAAAGACUGUGGAGCCACAUGGGUAGUCCUGGGGCACUCGGAGAGAAGACACGUCUUUGGGGAGUCAGAUGAGCUGAUUGGGCAGAAAGUGGCCCAUGCCCUGGCCGAGGGACUUGGAGUCAUCGCCUGCAUUGGGGAGAAGCUAGAUGAGAGGGAAGCUGGCAUCACUGAGAAGGUCGUUUUUGAACAAACCAAGGUCAUCGCAGAUAACGUGAAGGACUGGAGCAAGGUUGUUCUGGCCUAUGAGCCUGUGUGGGCCAUUGGUACAGGCAAGACUGCAACACCCCAGCAGGCCCAGGAAGUACACGAAAAGCUCCGGGGAUGGCUUAAGUCCAAUGUCUCUGAUGCAGUGGCUCAGUGCACCCGCAUCAUUUAUGGAGGGUCUGUGACUGGGGCAAACUGCAAGGAGCUGGCAUGCCAGCCUGACGUGGAUGGCUUCCUCGUGGGUGGUGCAUCCCUCAAGCCUGAAUUCGUGGACAUCAUCAACGCCAAACAAUAAGCCCCGAAUCCAUCUCCCUGCCCUUCCUGCUAUGCCAAGGACUGUGAAGCUCAGAAGCCCAGUAACUGCUCCUCCCUCUCCCCACCCCCACACAUGCUUCUGAUGGUAUCACCUGCCCCUUCUUGUGGCCUAAUCCAAACUGUACCUCUCCUUUACCAUGUACACCUGUAAUGGUUGGGACAAUCCCUUCUCCACUUACUCUGAUAAUUGGAACAAAAGAUGUCACCAAGAUGGCCUCUCCUUAGGAGGUAGAAGGGUGGGGUUUGCUCAUAGGCCCCUCUGUCCCCACUGAAGGCAGGAAAGAGAAGCCGUCCUCCUCUCCCAUCUCGUACUUGAGGCCACGGGCUGGGAAAGAGCCCUGUCCGCCCUGGUGCCAACGCCUGUGUGUUGUGUAUGAGCAGUCCCACUUGGGGGUGGGAAUAAACAUCUGGCAUUAA